AUGAAUCCUUCAGGGAUAAAAAUAAAAUACAAAUCCUUCAGGAUAGAGGCGGUCCGGGGGAGGAGAGGAAGAGGAAACGAGGCUCGCGGCACAAGCUCAUCGACGGCGGGGAAGAGAACCGGCGACGGUGAGGAGGGAAGAAGAUAUGUGCCGGAAAGAAGGAGAGGACGCAGAAGGCGGAGAGAGACUGAUGACCGGCGGCUGAGUGAAGAAGAUCUGUGGCGGAGAGACAGAUCGGAAGUGUGCGGCGGAGUGAAAGAGAUCAGCGGCGGUGGAGAGAAGGUGAGGAGGCACGCAGCAGGAAGACAUAGAGGAGGCGCCAGAGAGGAAGAAGAAUCAGAUCGGCGGCAGAGAGGAGGUGAGGAGACAACCGGCGGGGAGAAAAGAGGAAGCUCCGGAGAGGAAAUGAGAUCGAAUCGGGGGCGGAGAAAAAAGAGAGAUUGCUCAGGCGGCGGAAAUAAUGAGAGAUUACGGUUUGCUUCAAGGUACAGCCGCUAUAUAUAUACAAUUAAUAUGCCCUUGCAAAUCCGUCGCAACUCUGUCGCAAUAUUUGCGACGAAUUUGCGACCGAAUUGCAAGAGACGGAAACCCUAA